GUCGUAUUGGUAGCACCUCUCGCACACUGUUCUCAACGAGUCGCGGAAGGUGUCUCGCCGGCCUUCAGGCCAUUAUCCGCGAGUACUACUUCUCCAACGAGGUCCUGAGUGUUGCGCUGUGUGUCGUUUUCAGUGGUUUAAAAUGCACACCUUGGGUAGAACUUCCCAGUGUAACUGACAGCAGUGGAGUAGUUAAUACAGAUGAGAAUAUAGACUCAGUUACCACCCUUCCGGACGAGAGGGGAUAAAAGUACAAUCCCCGAGUCAACAUCAGUGAAAAACUUAAGUUAUACACACAAGUGGAGGUUUUAACCGCAGUUCGCCCCAACAAAACUCCUGGACGUUUUUAGGGAGUGACGUGUUUGUGUCCGACCUUCACGUGUACAGACAACCCCACAGCCGUGAUCAACCAGUGUGUUUACCUGGACGACCUCUACUACGACCUCGACGACCAUUACCUAGAGUGACAUUGGAGGAACUUAAGCCGUCAGGAGAUAAGGAAGUGAGGAGGUGAGGCGGUGAGGUGAGAAGGUGAGGUUGCCGGAGACUUGAAGCUGCCGGGACCGAUAGUUCUGGGGACACCCUGAAGACCUACCCAUGGCGGCUCUGUCCUUAUCCAUCUGAGGUGAUGUUCACCUCACUUCAACAUGACGGUGCUGGAACUGAUGCCCCUCUGAGGGCCACAGUCCCGCCUUACCCGCCCAUACGCCCGCACGCCCACACACGGGAAGGCUGAAUAGCUAGUCCUCUCACACCUAUUACUGCUAGCCGCCCUCCGCGCCCACAUGAGGGAGAGGUGAGGGAGGGCGGGAGGUGGAGGCGAGGGCGUGAUGGUGGUAUGAUCCCGCGGGCGUGGGCGUGGCUGGUGGUGCUGGCCGCCGCAUGGCAGGUCCCGGAAGCCGCAGCUGCCGCCAAGACGCGCCUGGUCACCACCAAGUACGGCCAGGUCCAGGGCCUCAUCAGGCACCUCGGCCACCUACUGGGAGACGUAGAAGUCUUCAUGGGCGUCCCUUACGCCAGUCCGCCCGUAGAAGAAGGGCGCUUCACCCCCACUAACACCCCGACGCCUUGGGACGGGGUGCUGGACGCUACCACCCCACCCCCAGUGUGUCCCCAGCUGCUGCCAGACCCUGACGAGGCCCAUAUGCCUAAGGCGCGGGCAGAGUUCAUCAGGAAGGUAUCCCCCGCCCUUAUCAACCAGAGCGAGGACUGUCUCACCGUCAACAUCUACACCCCUAUCAUGGUCAUCCCCGGGUCAGAGGUGUACCCGGUGCUGGUCUACCUGCACGGUGAGAGCUUCAGUUGGGGCGCCGGCUCCCUCUACGAUGGCUCCGUCCUCGCAGCCUACGGAAGGGUCGUGGUGCUCACUCUCAACUACCGCCUGGGACCUCUAGGGUUCCUCAACACGUACGGGGGCGGGACAGGUGGUGUGGUGAGUAACUUCGCGCUGCUGGACCAGAUCGCUGCCCUCAACUGGGUGUCUGAGAACAUCCAACAGUUUAAUGGCGAUCCUAAAAGGGUGACGCUCUUCGGCCGUGAUACUGGCGCUGCCUGUAUCUCCUACCUCAUGGAGAGCCCCAUCGUCCCCCAAGAUUUGUUCCACCGUGUAGUGAUGGUGUCGGGCUGGUCUGGUUGUCCUUGGUCGAGAGUCUCAGCGCCUCUCAGCGUCACCCUGCGUCUGGCCGUGGCUGCAGGGUGUCCUGUACCAGACGACCCUGCUGCCGCUCACCCUCGCACCGUCUCCUGUCUACGGUCGGCGCCCUUGGAGCCACUGAUGUCUGCGGCGCGGCAAGUGGAGUCCCCAGCCUUUAUGCCUGCGUGGGGGCCCAGCGAAGACGGUGUGGUGGUCGCUGGAGGGAGACGAAGAGCGUCGCUGGGACACCGACAGGUACAGGUGAUGAUAGGCUUCACCCCCUGGGAGGCCUGGGCCUGGCUAGGGGAAUCUCUAGUAACCAAAGGCGUAAACGAUAUAACAUUCGAGCGUGUGGCGAGGACGUGGGUUCGCAACACGCGCCACCAUCACCUGAGGGAGGUUCUGGCGGCGGCGCUGCAGGAAUAUACAGACUGGACGGCGGUGAAGCCAAGCCCAGAGGUGCGGAGGAACUUACUUUUCCAUCUACUGGGUGACGCGGGGAUGGUAGCACCCCUGCACCAGGCAGCCGACGCCCUGGCCCACCACAACAAAGUGUUCAUGUUCCUCUGUGAUCUGGCUAGUCGUGUCCCAGGACAGAUCCAGGCGCCCGGGUGGGAGUUGGGACUCAUAUGGGGCACAGGACUGAGCGACGUAACCAGGUCCGCAGGGGCUCCCUCACCGCCCAUCAGACCCCCAGCCCUUACCCAGCUGUCAGAGGACGUCAUCACCUUGCUCACAAAUUUCGCCAAGUCCGGGGACCCAAACCUGCCUAGAGAGUCUCCGUCACCAGGGUUCGCUGCAGUAGCCUGGCCACGCUACAAGCCAGAAACUAGGCAGUACCUCAGAAUAGGUGUCCCGCCCACGGUGGGGUCACAGUAUAGGGCCCAUCAACUGGCACUGUGGUCAUGGCUGGUGCCAGAGCUGGAGGCGGCGGGCAAGUCCUACCCUCCCGACCCCAACUCGUGGGAGGUGAGCACCGACCCCAAUCUCUUCUACGGCGUGGUGAAGCCUCCAGACCCUUGGUACUUCCUCCAGCCUAACACUACAAUCGCCCCCGCCGCCGCCCGCGACACCACUACCACCACUCCUGCCACACCCUCCCCUAAGCCCACCACACCCAGAGUCACCACCACCCUGGCUCUGUCUCCUACCAUUGCUAGCAGUGCGCCCAAGAUGCCAAUGCCAGACUCAAGUGAGUAUGUGCGAUACUCCACGGCCUUGCUGGUGACGGUGGGCCUGGGGGUCUCCUUACUGCUGCUCAACGGCCUCAUCUUCCUCUUGUUGUUCUGGCGACGACCUACCCACCACCCAACCUGCCAGGGACACCACCACCACACACAGGAAGGGUCGGAUAUGCCGCGGGUGGGGUCGAUGAUGAGUCUGGGAGGACUGGGAGGCAGCUACGGAGGGCCCCCAGACUGUGUGAAGGCUUCUUACGAGAAGCUCCACCUCACUGCUGACGAAAUACAGCACCUCACCAGCAGGUCACCCUCGAGCACCCUCAAGAGACCAAAGUCCCCAGGAAACCUCAAGAACCAGGGUUCCUUCAGGGCUUCCCACGGUGUCGCCACUAUCAGCAGGUCUCCUCGGGGUGUGGUGUGGUGGGCGGUCAUAGAGACGUCGUUCACAGUAGAGCCCCCCACGUUACUUCGGGACGGAGGUGAGGGACGGCCACGCGCCGGGUCAGUGGUGGCCACGAUUGGUAAUCAGACGGCCGCCCACGAAGACACAUUACGGGCGUGGUCAGUGCCAAGGGAGAUAUCUCCUGGUACAGUUGUGGGCGCCAAUGGGAACGGCAACGGGGGCGGCGGUGGCAGCGGCACUCUAAUGGGCGGCAACGGUGGAGAUGGGCGGCCUAAUGGGUGGGCAACGUUCGUGGGGGAGGUGCCUGAGCCGCCCCCACCACCCAGGACCUCCACCCUCAGGAAGGAUAAGAAAGUAACCAUCUUAGAACAGACCGUCCACAGGUUAUGAUGAACCCCGUCACCCUUAUCUAGACCAUCCUGCCCUCCCUGCCCAGACUAUCCUGCUCCCCUCCUGCCUAAACCAGCCUGCCCUCCCUACCUAAGCCAUCCUACCUUCCCUGAAUAGACAAUCCACAAAUCAUCCUAACCUUAGGCCGUACACACACAGAUGGGUCCAGACCAUCACGGAAGACCCACCACCCUGGGGUAUAUAACCAACACCAACAUGGCUCGUGUUGACAGUAGUGUGUACGAGGUGAUUCUCUCUCUCUCUCUUCAAUAUCUUUUUCUGGUCUCUUUCUCAACAGAUCGCUCUUUCUCUAUUUUUUUUCUCUCUCUUUCUGGCUGUUACUAAGGGUACAUUUCUCACCCUCACACCACACCCUCUCAUUUUCACCUCAACCUCACACCAUAUCACACCCUUCCACCCUCACCUCGUACCAUCCACCCAAAAAUUACACCUUCCCACCCUCGCACCACAACUUUGCAUUCUCUACCCUCAAACCACACCCCCCACCCCCUGACCACACACCCCACCCUCUGACCACACCCUCCACCCUCAGACCACAACCUCCACCCUCAAGCCACACCCUCCAUCCUUCAGAGUAUCACCUUCCAACUCUUGACAUUCAUAGUGCUUAUGAUUCAUACCCUGGAUGACAACACUGGAUUUUAAACUCUGAAAAAUCAUAACUAUCAUGGCAAGAACUCGUGUCAUGUCUCCAAGCCGUCUUUGGCAAGAGCUUCUGCAGAGGGCAGUGCCAAAGCCCAUCAUACAGGACAGUUAUGAAGGCUUAAUGAACCACAUGUAACAUUUCAUGGCCCGAUGAACAGAGUGAUAAUUGUCAAGGCUCAGUGAAAAACACAUGAAAGUGCCAAAAUCAUUUUGAAUCUGACAAUAAUAAUUCCGGGGUUGAAUGAACGGCUCGUGACAAUGUCAGCAUUAAGUGAACCAUUAGUGACAGUGUUUGGAAGAGAAUGAGCCUCAGUAGACUAAUAAACCAACCAUGACAAAAGAAAAUAACGAGAUCAAAUCUUUACUGUGACAUAAAUAAGCGAAGUGUAUCAGUGGCAAGAAUAAGUGAGCUACUCAAGACAGCUAACUGGGCUGUAACAGUUGUGUGUGAACGAAGCAUUACAGUGUUGUAGCUGAAGCGUUCUCUCAUAGUCGAGUGGUUCGUUCAUGAGACUGCCAGGGUAACUAAACCAUUCAAGACAGCGUCGUAGAUCAAAGGAAAAUAUAAUAGUGUCAGGGUUAAAUGAACCACUUUAGUGACUCACUUUUGAGUGAACCAAGCAGGACGGUUGUCCAUAAACCCUUUUUGGCAGUGACACAAUGAAACCACCCAUAGCAGCGUCGAAAUUAAGUGAACAUCCAUAUCAGUGCCAUACUUAAAGAGAACUACUUACGACAGUGUCGUAGUUAAGUGACACCAGUCAACAGUGCCACAAAUAAGUGUCAUAGAUCAAAACUGUUAAAUCUGAGUGGAAAAGUCACGAACAGUCAGAUUUAAACCAUUCAUAUGGAUGGGUGCCUGAGUCAAGUGAAAGACUCACGGCAAUAUUCGAGUUAAAUAGACACUAAUAUCAGUGCGUGAAUCAUCUAUAUUGAUGGUAGUCCUCGAGCAGUGUUGGGGCCACUCCUCGUGGUCCCAAGAGUAAGAGUAAGGAACUCGGCGGUGGAAGACUUCAGUCAUCACUCACUCAUGACACUGCCAAAGUUCAAUGACUUGACCAUGACCAGUUUAUACCUAUCACAGUUAUGUGACUACUCAUGACAAUUACGUGACUGCUAUGACAAUGAGUGUUAAGAGAUUUGAAAUGACAGUUAUUUAAGUGUUCAGGACAGUAGAGCGACUGAUGAUGACAGUUAAUUGUCUGUUCAUGACAGUUACGUUGAUGACUAUGCCAGCCAUGACACUGCCAGAAUUAAGUAACUAAUCUUGACAUACUCAUGACAGUGCCUGAGUAGGGUAACUGCUCAUGACAGUGAAAGAUGAAGUUACUGUCCAUGACAGUGUUAGUGUCUAUGACAGCACAUAUGACAAUGCCCAGACUCCAGUUCUCUGAACAGAGCAGUAACUAAUUUAAGUGACUGCUCAUGACAGGCAAGUGACUGUUUAUGACCAAGUAAUGUGGUCAUAACAGUGUCAGAGUUAGGUGAUGACCCAUAGCAGUCAAUGGAAUCGUUCAUGAGAAUGCCCAGAGUCUAGUAAACGGCUCAUAACAGUUUAAUAGUUAAUUGGCUACUCGUGACAAUUAAGUGUACUGCUCAUGACAGAUAAGAGACCUGUCCAUGACAGCAUCAGAGUUAAACGACAGCUCAAUAAGACAAACUCCCAACAGUUAAGUGAACCUGUUGAUGACCGUACCAUCGUCAAGUGACUGCUCAUGUUACGCUCAUGACAGUUAAGUGACAAGCUCAUGACAGUACCCAGAGGGAGAAUGCCAAAUUUCUGGGUCUUUGAGAGAAUAUUUCUGAUUUACUGUAUUUUUUGGAGGCUGUAUUUCUAUGUGCAAACAAUAUGUGUUACCUUACAUACCUCCCCCUCCCUUCCCCAACCAAAUGACACCCCCACACACCCCAUCCCACACCCCCCCAUCCCACACAACCCACCCCACACAACCCAUCCCACACAACCCACCCCACACAACCCACCCCACACAACCCAUCCCACAUAACCCAUCCCAUGUACCCAUUACGUAGAGUCUGGACAUACCUGCCACUGUUACGUCUCUUCUAUGACCAGCGGGAGGCGAAGAUAUUAAGAAUGAUAAGGAUGAAGAUGAAGGAAAUCUAUAGCACUGGAGGAGGAGGAGGAGUACGUCGACGAUGAUGAUGAUUGUGAUGAUGAUGAUGGGAAAGAAGAAUGAGAAAAGAGCAGAUAGUGAUACAAUUGUUAAGAUAAAGACGCAAAGACAACGAAGAAAAGGGAUGUAUUAAUAACAUUUAAAGAAGUACAGAAUGAUGAAAAAAGGAAGACAAAAAAGCUGAUAAAGAAAACAAUUGACUGACGACGAAAAAAAAAAAGUGAAAUGAAACAAAAUUAAACGAAUACAACCACAGUAAAAAAAAACGAAGAUGAUGAUGAUGAUGAAUAAGAAUAGAUGGAGGAGGAGGAGGUACAAGUGAGAUAAGGAAGUAAGUGAGUGAGAGAGAUGACAUCCUUCAAUGUCUCUUUAGAAUGAGGAACUUAGACCUAGCAGAAUCCACGUUCAUGGGGGUAUGUCAUAUGUUGAUUGGUCUUACACAUGAUGACGUCCAAUGGAAUCCUUUGUAAUCAUACCUUACUAAUCCAACGUCACCAGAGAUUAAACCUAUAUCCCUUACUUAACGUAAUCCUUACCUAUAUCUCAACCUAUCCUAAACUUAGCCUUAGUAUACCAGAAAUUAUCUUCAUCUAAUUUCUAACCAAACAUAUCCAUCUUAAAUCCAGGUUAAUCCAAUACAUUCAAAGUAAUCCCUAGUACUUUUGUCUUCGGGUGAAAUGGGUGGUAGCUUUUUAAGAGCGGACAAAGGCCAAUCAGCACACGACAGUCCCGCAUGCGUGUGGAUAAUGCUUUGUAGAUGCCAGCCAUCACUGUGAACACAAACUACACAACAAGAGUCAAUAUUUUGUUAACUUGUUCGGCUGGAACAAAUUGAACUGAAUAUAACAAUAGAGAAGUGGUCGGUUUUGAUUGAAAGUUAUUAUUGUUAGAGAAGUUAGAGCCAGAAUUCAUUGUUUCGUGACAACAAAAGAUGUAAAUGGUAUAUAUGUGUGUGUGUUUUAUUGUGUUAUGGUUGAAAAUAGAUAUUUGCCAAAAAUACAACCAGAAACAUGGAAGCUGUACCAUAAAGGCACCUUAGCCCUUUACCAGCAUGAGGACGAUGAUCGAUCGAUGGCGACAGCAAUGAAAUUAUUGGUGUUGUGAUUGAAAUAAAUAUCUAUCCGUUUAUAUAGAAGCCAAGGCAGCUAUACCAACAUCAUCUAUAUAAUCACACAAGUAAAGAGAAGCGUUGUUGAUGGAAAGGUGUUACCACAAAAGUUAAAGAACAAGUAUUCACGAGGUCCGCUACAACAGUGAGGUUUGACAACAAAGAUGUCAUGAAAUAUUACUUGAAAAUGAGGCGGUUAAUCAAGAAGUUUUGUGGCCCCUUCUAGUGUUGUGAUUGAAAACAGAUAGGCAAUGUUUAUAUAUAGAAAACAAGGCAGCUAUAUUAUGAGCAUAAUAUCCCUUAUGCGAAGUUUCUGGUCACCUGUGAACAUGAGGCGACGCUUCUCGUGUGUCAAGUGUCAGGUGGAGUGUGUGGUGUGUGUCGCCGUGAUCAUGGAGGAUAAGAGAACACUCCAGGGUUUUGUUAGCUGGCUCAUCCCAAGCUGGCUCGGUUAUGUCCGUCUCCACGCCAUCGUUUUGUAACCAAACUCUGUUACAAUGUUCGUUGAGUAAACUAAGGGUUAUGUA